GCUUGAGUGAGAGUGAGAGUGAGAGAGAGAGAGAGAGGGAGAAGGAGGUUAGUGAUAUGAAUAGAGCUCAGUUUAAUGUAUAAGGCCAUAUAGAUCACACCUCUACGUGCCGGUCAGACUCCUUUCACCUGCCUCACACCUGCACCUGCCUAAGACAUGAGUGGCCAGCAGAACACAGCAGCAGCAGCAACAACAGCGAACAGCAACAACAGCAACAACAACAACAACAACAACAGCAGCAACAAGAACAGCAGCAGGAGCAGGAGCAGGAUCAGGAUCAGCAGAACGCAUUGAACAUGAUUGGUACACGACGCAGUGUUCUCAUGAGGUUCACCUUUGUCAGGCAUGGUGAGACACAAGCUAACAAGGACCGCUGUAUCCAGGGCCACACCGACAUCCCUCUCUGCCAGUCGGGGGAAGAACAGGCCUCCAGGGCUGGCGAGAGGCUGCGAGAUGUGCGUUUCAGCCGUGUGUACGCCAGCGAUCUCUGCCGAGCUUCCACCACCUGUCGCCUUAUUUUGGCCAAGAACACCCGUCACCCACCGCCACUCAUCAUCGACACCCGCCUCAGGGAACGGAACUUUGGCAGCAUUGAGGGCCUGGUGUUUGAGGAGGUGCUGAAGAUGGCAGAAGCUAACGGCUCUUCCUGGCCCCAGUACAGCCCUCCUGGUGCCGAGAGCCUGGGGGACGUGCAGGCUAGGCUGGUGGCGUUCUUUAAGGAGGUUUGUCAGUCAAUUUACGACAAGAACAACAACAACUUGAAGAAGAGAGAAGCAGUCAACAGUGUCUCUGAGAAGGAGGAGAAGAAGAAGAAGGAAGAGGAGGCAGACAUGGAGGAGGAGAACAUGCUGAACGAAGCGAAGGAAAAGGAGGAGAAGGAACGAAAGAAGGAACAGAACAAGAACGAGAAGACAAAUGCUGAUAAACAAGAGGAGGAGGAGGAGGAGGAGCAUGUGUUAGUGGUGAGCCAUGGAGCAGCAUUGAGGCAGCUGUACCUCCACCUCCACCACACCCUUGGCUGUCCCGUUCCACCCAGCAUCCACCCAGACACACCCGCCAGACUCAGUCCCAACACUGGUAUCUCCACCUACUCUAUCCGGUACUCUCCCAAGUCGUACACUUUGCAGUGCCUGUGUUUACAUGACAGCCAACACCUACAGGGCAUGUAAGGCUGUGUGUGCGUGUGUACGGCCUGGAAACGCACAUGGAUUUUCAGCAGGGAACCACAAGAAUGCCUGCCUACACACACACACACACACACACACACUUUAUUUUUAUUUUUAUUUAUUUUUCUUUGUUUUUUUUAUCUAAUAUUUCAGGUUUUCUAGUCUCUUAUAAAAGUCUGCAUUGUUAUCAUCACUAUUUAUUAUUUUGAGUUGUUACUAUUGUUAUUUAUCAUCUUUUGUUAUUGUUAUUAUUGUUAAUGGUUGUAAUGUUCCCCCGGGAUUUAUUUCAGGAAUGUUCUAGUGUUUGGAUUCAUUUAUUUAGAUGUAUUUUAUCUUUUAAGUAGAGUUAGAUUGUUCUUCUGGCCUUCUGUCAUUAUCUAAGGUCUUAAAGUAGUGUUAGAUCCUUUUGCCAAUGUCUCUAAAAGUUUUCUAAUACUCUUUUGGCCUCCUGUCAUUAUCUAACCUCUUAAAGUAGUGUUAGAUCCUUUUGCCAAUGUCUCUAAAAGUGUUCUAAUACUCUUUUGGCCUCCUGUCAUUAUCUAAGGUCUUAUAGUGUUAGAUCCUUUUGGCAUUGUCUUUAAACUUUCAUAAUAUUCUUUUGGUGCUGCCUCUAUCAUUAAUUAAAAUUCUAAAGUAAUGUUAUAUAUUUUUGGGGGCAUUCUCUUGUCAUUAAUUAAGAUUCUAAAGUGUUUUAAUAUUUUUUUGUUAUUCUCUUGUUAUUAUUUAAGAUUCUAAAGUGUUAUGAUAAUUGCUUAACUAACUUCUUCAGUACCGUGACGUGUUUUUGUGUUCAUUCUGGUGACCAUUUGGUGAUUUUACACAGCUUCAGAAACUCAUGUGGGGGGUUAAAAUAGUGAAGACUGUGACCAUUACUCU